AUGAGACAUUUUUCGGAUUUUCCCGAUGAAAUUUUAUGUAAAAUAUUUGAAUAUUUAAGUCCAUUUGAUGCACUUUAUUCUUUUAUUAAUCUUAAUAUUCGUUUUAAUCAUUUAUUAAUUCCAUUUAAACGAUAUAUUGAUUUAACUUAUUUAUCAUAUGAACAAUUUAUGAAUUAUAUUAAUAUUAUUUUACCUAUAAUAAGUCAAGAUGAACAAUUAUAUUUUAUGAAAUUAGGAAAUGCACGAACUCCUGGUCAGAUAGAAUUAUUUAAUAGAUUAAUGAAUGAUAAAAUUUAUCGUAAUUAUUUUAAUUAUAUUGAUAAAAUUCUUAUUGAAUCACCUCGUUUAAAUGAAUUAAUUAAUUUUGUUGAAAAAUUUCUUUCAUCUUUAUCAAAUUUAAUAUCACUUUCAAUUACAAUUGAUAGUAUACGUGAUGAAGAUUUUCAAAAAUGGACACAAUUAAUUGUUCAUUCUGUUCUUUCAAUAUCAACAUUAAUUAAACUUUCAAUUGAAAUGCCUACUGGACUUGUUCUUUCACGUUUAUCAAAUACAAUUAUGUUAAAUUCAUUAAUUGAUUUAACAUUAAAUGUUACACUUGUUACAGAUUUACUUAUUCUUAUACAACGUAUUCCAAAUGUUGAAAAUCUUUCAAUACGUAUUGGUUGGUGGACAAGUGGUGAUCGAACUUUAGUUAAAAUGCUUGAUGAAAUGCGUUUAAAUAAUAAUAGAAAAUCAUUUUUAAAUAAUUUAAAAAGUUUUCAUUUAACUAUUGAUUCAAUAUUAACAUUUCAAUUUGAACAUCUUGAACAAGUAUUAUAUAGAAUUUUGAAUAGUGAAACAACUUAUAGUUUUUGUUUUAUAUUACGACAUUGUUUAAAUCAUAAUAGUGAAUUAACACAAUUCAUUGAUGGUCAACGAUGGGAAAAUUUAUUAUCAUCAUAUUUAUUAUUAAAUCAAUUUGAUUUAUUUAUUCGAAUAACUGGAUGUUUUUCAAUUGAAGAAGAAAAUUAUAAAAUAAAUUCAUUUAAAUCUAAAUAUUUUCUUGAAAAAAAAUGGUUUUUUUCUUAUUUUAAAUAUUCAUUGAGAGAUAGUAUUAUAUUUUAUUCAAUUCCAUAUAAAAAUAAAGAAUUAUUUGAUAUAUCAAUAAAUAAUCAUGAAAUAUUUAAAAAUUUUCCUAUUAAUUAUACAUCAAAUUUAUUAAUUGAUCAAACAAAUAAUGGAUCAUAUCAAUUUAAUUAUUCAACAUUUUAUUUUAUGUUAAAACAUUUUCCUUCUCUUCAAGAAUUACGUCUUAUUCAAUUUAAUAUGAAUUUUUCGAUAAUUAAUCCAAUUCAUAUUCCAUCAUUACAUACAUUAAAAAUUGAAAAAGAACGAAAUGUAAAUUUAUCUAAACUACUUGAAUUAUUACCUUUAAUAAAUACAUUAUUUAUACCUUAUUUUGCUAUUGAUGAUCGAAAUAAAUCAUCAGAUGUUUAUCAAUAUAAUCGAAUAAGUGAAUUAUCUUUAAUUGAUAUUCCUGCAAACGAUAUUAAUCAAAUUCCAUUAUUUUUAAAUCGAUUUCCUAAUUUACGUUUUCUUCAUAUUCAUAUAUACAAUCAACGUAUGACCGAUGAAUAUUUAUUAAUAAAUUUGAAUGAAAUUAUUCAAAAGUUUCAUUCAAUUAUUUAUUUGAAAUUACAAUUAGAAAAAGAUGUUAAUUCAUCUGUUAAUUGGAAAGAACAAUGGAAUGGUCGAGUAAAAAUGUAUUUCACCGAUAUCAUCUUUGUUGGAGUACUUGUACAUCUAUGGUUUUGA